UCAUUGCUUGAUGUGAAUUUGUAAAAAUGUACAUGUAAAACAAGUGAAAAGCUUUGAAUAACUAGAAAUAUCAAAACUACAGAAAGGACAAAUCAUUUGAAAAAGCAGAGUUCCUGCUUUGUUGCAUAGUAAAACUGGACACCUGCACACAGUUUAGCCUGUUUUGCUUCUCCACCCUUUAGCAGAGACUGCCAAGUGAACAUGUGAGGACAGACGCUGUGUUUACAAGGAUUUGGCAGAGUCUUUAUGCAGAAGUCAUGUGUGACUGUGUUAACCAAUCCCUCGGAGUGAUCCUCGGUGAUAUUCCUACUUGCUUUAUCGGGACUUCUUUAGAAAAGAAUGCAUUAAAAUAACGAAACUUGAAUGGACCGUGUGAUGACGACAAACAUCAUAGGUUGUCUUAUAGCUUAAUAAUGAUGGUUAUUCUCUGUACUCAGACAGCAUAAAAGAUUAAAAUGGUCCCUCAUUUUCCUUUAAUGCAGGUAAUGUUUUAGCAGUGACUCAGCAAGUGCAGAUGAAUGGCAUUAAAGUAGCAUGAAUGCUAAAUUAUUAAGGCUAUAAAACGGUUCACAAUAACCCAGAAACUACCCAUCACUGUAAUCAGGAUGAAUGAUUUGACACUAUUUCUCAGUAUAUUUAAUCAAACUAUGGCACAAUGAGACUACAGUAAAUAAUUUAUAGUUCCAAUAAGAAAUUAAAUCAUUUUAAUUAGAUGAUAAAUUAUGCUAGGCUUUUAAGCUUUUGAUACACACUGAAAAUAAGAAAGUCAUACCAAAAUACUGAGAUACUGAAGGCUUGUAGCAGCAGGGUUUGAAAUAGGUGAGUAAAACUGCACAAAUGCUACUUACUGCAAUGUGUUUUGGAGUGCAUGUUUCAUUAACAACCGUCUUGUAUUCUUAGAAACGGCUGAUAUUAUUUCCUGUAAGAGAAUCUGUAUCUUAGAAAAGGCAUCCCGGGUGCAGUUGUGUGUCAUCUGUGCAUGUCACAGAGUGCUGUGUCAGAGCAUGGCCUUCUACUCUAUCAGCUGCAUCGUGGAAUGGGCAGCUGUUUCUGUGUACUCCUAACUCUGUCACCCUACCCUUGCCUCAGGCCUCACGGCGAUGUCCAGCUCUUAACUCAGCCUGCUGCCACACCUUAUCCGGGUAACAGACCCCUGGCCCCUUCCCCGUCCACGUUCUUAGACCGGGAACUCCAAGAGGCCUUCCAAGAAUGUGAAGAACAAAUGGUGUCACUGGGCAUACUCACUCCCACUCAGCCUUGCAGCCCCGGGCCCGGGACGUGGUGCAAUGAAGGGAAUACAAACGGAAAAGUGAUGGUUAACAAGUCCAGUGAGUCAUCGUCUCCACCUCCAAUCGUUGUCCAGCUAGGACAUAGCAACGGGGGCCAUGGAAACAGGAAUGCACAUGGAAACAGUGAGACAGCAGACAGUCAGAAGGAUACAGUUGUGUUUAGUUUUAGGGAUUACAUACUAGGCACUGAGAAUAAUGAUGGGACAGCAGAGACUGAAAACCUGAAAGCAGAAAAAGAAAUUAAGACAGAUGAAGAGAAGGAAGCACCCACGCAAAUACAAUUAGAAAUGCCAACAGAUUCAGCUGGAGAACAACCAAAACAGGCUGUGUUUAGUGAUCAUACAAAUGAUCUAAGAGAGGGAAAUGCUGAUUCCAAUGCAUCUGUGGGGGGGAGUAGCACUGUAGACUUUGAUGUAGUGAUUAGGAAGAAAGACACGGAGGCAAAGACAGACAAAGGAGAAAAUCUAAGUGAUGAUUUCAGUGCUGGUGUUUGUUUUGAAACAAAGAUAGGUAAUUCAGCUAUGGAAACAUCAGAGCGUAGCCCUUGUUUAAGGGAUAGAGAUGCAUUACCAGAGCUGCAAUCAAAAGGACAGACAGGAGCAGGCAAGCACACUGUGGAGCAGGAGUCAGACACAUACAAGCAGAGUUCAGCUGGUGAUAAACAGGCUGCCCAGAACAAAGAGGCAAAGAAAAAGAGAGACAGGAAAAAGAAAAAGAUGGAGAAAAGCCCGGAAACUGGGCAGGAGGCACACACAGCAGUGCAAUCUGAGAAUGAAGUCAUAAAUGCUGGAAAUCCCACAGAUUCACCUUCAGGCCCUGUGAUUUGUGGGGAACAUCCUGACAACAGGCUUGAUUACAAGGAGCAGCUUGAAGGAAAAGCCACAUCCAGCUCCCUACUAUCAUCUCCUCAUAGCAGUCAGGAUCAUCUUACUCCCUCAGCCGGUUCACCUGCGCCCAUGCGGGCUCUUUUGCAGAAGCAUCAUCAAUCAGACGACCAUAAUGAUGCCCUAAGCAGCAUAAAUCAAAGCUCCAAUGAAAGCCUGCAGUGGGGGCAACAUGUAACCGGAGGUGAAACCAGCAACCAAAAUAUACCCGUGACACAUGUCCAAACUACAGCGAUCAAUCAAGCUGCUUCUAGUGAUAAGAGAUCAGAUACACAAACACGCCAGGCUUCAGUUACAGAAGCAAAAAUACUCACACCCGAGAAUCACGUCCCACUCUCCAACAGCCGAACUUGUGUGGGAGAGAGUUGCGUGGAGAGCGUCCUUGAAGAGGCUUUAGCGGUGGUUACUGCGUUGCCACUGACAACACCCACACUGCCAGAAGUGAUAGAAAGCGAGGGAGAGGGAGAAAGCGUGAGGCGUGAUUUAGUGGAGAGAGUAGCUGCUGUAGCAGUUGCAGAGCGUGAGGAAGGAGUAGGGGAGAGAGGGACAGAAAAGUGCCUCAUUUCUGCAGACGGAGAGAGGGACGAAGUCCUGGGCAGCCCUUCUCGGCUCGCGUUAAUCUGUUCCCAGGCAAAAUGCUCACUUGCAUUGUCAGCCAAAGAGGGACUGGCUGCAGCUGAGGAAAGCUGCACCAGCAAAAUGCCACACAACUCGGCCGAGAGCGAAAUCAAGGCACCGAGAGAGGCAACCGUUUGGAGUUCACACAGAGAGCUGUCACCUGCCGAAGAGGGAGAUGCAGAAAAGGAGCCACAGUGCUUAGAGGCUUUUAUCAAUACUUCUCCCCUUGGGCUGCUUACUGGUUCUGAUUGUCAGGAUCACAUUGCUGCGGGAUCAAGGAGAGAAGGAGAGGGAGGAGGAGAGGAGGUGGUAGAGAAAGGAGGGCUGGUGAGAGAGCACAGUUCAUUCAGCCAGCCAGAAGGCUCUGCUAGUGGGCUGUCAUCUGCUCAGACUGAAAGGUGUCCGCCCACCGAUGUUGCCGAGUCACAGCUGAAAUCACAUAGCUGGAGCGAGUCGAUCGCUACCAUCACCGAGAGCAUCUGCACAGAAGAGGAGCGUCUCUGUCGACCCCGCCGGGAGCACCGUGGCGCAGCAAUUUCACCUCUCCUCCCUGACGCUGAGCAGAGCUACAGUAAAACAAACGGAGGCAGACGGGCCGAUCUCGAUCAGAAGUUAGUGUCAGAGGAAGGGCUGGCUCUGGGACGCACUUUCGAGGAGUCAUCCGUCACAGAGACAAACUACAGUCGAGUCUUCCCGUCUUUAACCUCACGCCAGCCUUUGAUCACUUCAGAGCAAAUCCCAGUUAAGCAACAAGCGAGCAACAAUCAACAGGUUCAGCCUAGUAGCACAACAGAAGCAGGGACAGUCGAAAGUGCAGCCAAGCUUCAAGUCGAAGCCUAUAGCCAGAGCAACAGUGGUAGCACCGCUAUGUCUGAAGUCGGUGUGUAUCUAUGUGACAGGAGUGGAGGUAACAGAGUUCACUUUGUGGAUGCAGAGAAGCAAAUGGGCAGUUCCUCCGUGGAUCUCAAGACCAUGCCGGUGCCAGCUCUGGACUGUGCCUCUUUACCCCCGCUGACUGUUCACGAGCAGUUGCGUCAUCCUGUUUUUGAGGCCAGCUAUACUUUCACAGACUUUCUCAGCUCAAAGAAGCCAGACAUCCCUAUAAAUCCAGCUCCUACCAAGGAUGAAGCAGCUGCGUUUUCAGAGGCACAGAAAGAUGUCUGUUUGGCUAAAGGGGACACGAGGACUAAAGAAACAAAGGAGAACAUUGCCACAGAUCAAUCACAUAGUGCCAAUUUGAAGACAAACACUGUAGAUUCACAGUCGGUGAACAGCUCACACCAGCUUCCACGUCCUGCUGAGGAGACUCGUACUGGUAAUGAAGGGUGCUUUGAUGUUUUACAACCACCAGGAAGUGCCAUCUCUGAGUCAGAUCAUCUGACAUUUGAACUGGUCACAGCAAAGGCAGAGGCGGAGACACAGAAAGAUGCUGCAUUUGUGUGUUUGCCAAAGGAGGAGGAGGAGAUUAAGAAGGUGGUGGCAGAGUCUAAAGGUACAGCUAACAUUGACCAGCCUCAGGAAUCACCUUUAAGUGCUACUCCUGUCAUUCUUGAAGAAAACAAAGGGAACCAGCAUAACUGUGCACCUUUAAGUGAUGUUGACACAAGUUCAACAUCUGAACCUGUGACCUUGACCUGCGCAGCUUCUCUGCAGAUGAAGCAUUGUGACCCAGCUGAUCAGCCUGUUAUGCAAUUAGGUGAAACACCUCCUAAUGAGCCAGUUAACCCAGAUAUUACGAAGGCUGGGGAAGGGCCCAAGUCCCCCAUCGGCUCUGCCGAUCCCACAAAGGACGCGUGGGUGACUUCAGAAGUGACGGCAUCUGAUAAGUCAAGCACGUUUAUUGGGCAGUGUGUCAGUAAUCCUGCUUUUGAGCUGCGGCCUCCUGGCCCAAUGUUGAGUCACCUGGAGUUCGUUACCGACUCUGAUGCAUCUGUCUCUGAAAAGGCAUAUAACUGCAGUGCUGAUGGUGACAGCAGCAGUGUCUCCAGAGAGGUGGAUGCCCAUAAGAGCAGAGGAGUGACACACACUUCAUUAGCACAGCAUGCUGAGAUCGGUGAUGUCUGUGUUAACGCUAAUGAGGUCUUGCCAAAAUUGGAGCAUUUAAAUUUUGAUACUAUGGAGUCUGCUGCUGAACUCGCGAGUUCUGUUACCAGUAAUGUAAAUAGUCAGUUGUCACAAGAGGAAAAUCUGAUUCCACCUCAGCCUCCCAGCGAUGCACUGACAAGAAAUAAACCUGCUAAUGUAAUUCCUCUGUCUCAAACAGUGCCAGACUCUGCUGGCAUUAAACCUAUUAUUUGUGAAGCCUCCAUUAGGGAUGACAUCACAAAUGUCAGCUACCCAUUUAACUCCGACCUGCCCGCCAACGAGGUUUAUGAUACAAUUAAAGGGGACAAUGUGAAAGAAAACCACAUAAUGGGAGAUCAGACCGCCAUGUUGUUUGAAGAGCAAAAGAAACAAGCUAAAGAGGCAGCAAUGGAUAAUCAAAAGGAAGCAGCAGACAGCAGCAAGCCACAGGCAGGAAAGACAGGCACAAUGCCACAACAGAAUAAUGAAGCAGAUAAAGAGACUAUAGAAGAAAUUGGAGCCCUGCAGCCACCACACGCACAUAUAGGACAAAAGAGUGAAUCGUCAUUAAAGGAUGUGAAGAAGGAAAAAGAAAUAAAGAACAGUUUUGAAUCCAAAAGCGAGACAGAAACUUGUUCCUCAUCUCCCAGCAGAUUUCCAGGGUCAUCCGAGGACAUGCUGCGUGCUCACUUAGAGUCUAGUAGCGAACCUCUGACUGUUUAUGAUUCCAGUUUGCGCCAAAUUCCGACAGCAGCGCUGGAAUGCAGCUCUGACUCUGCACCAGAUUUGGGUGCAGCUCUUGGCCAAUCACAGUCCACACCAGAUCCAAACUGUUUUGCUCAGCAACAGGAGCACCAUCAACAGUAUCUGGGAUCCAGACAUCCCACAGAGGCAAUGUCAGGUGGCUGUCUAGAGGGGGGAGAAAAGGCUAACGAUCAGACCCAGACACUGGUUAAGGGAGUAAAAGGAGCCACAGAGGAAGGAGACAGCUCUGCUGGGGAUAUUUGUCAGUCAGGAAUCAAGGAUGAGUUGGCAGGUGAUGCCAGCAUGAGCAAUGAAGGAGUGAUAAAGUCAGUGAAAGGCGAGGAUGCUUCACCAGAGGUUCAUAGGUUGCCAUCUUCCCUUGAUUCAAAUGAAAGUGCUGAGAGAAAUGCUUCACCUGAUGCAGGGAUAGCAGCAGGUAGCUCUCAUGUAAGUGAGACAAGUCAGGAGACAGAUGAGAAUGAAAGCCCGGGGUUAGAGGGGUCAGGUAGAGAUUUAAUGCCAGACACUGGGUUUGUGAGUGAUCUGAGUGAUAAAGAUCAGCAAAAAUGUGAUCUAUCAGCUGUCUGCCAAGAGCAGAGUAGAAAAUCCGAGCUGUCAGAGAAUCUGGCUGUAUCUGUUGAGCCUGUUUCACAGGAACACGAAAGCCCAUCUUUUCAUAUUCCCAUUUUAACUAAAGAUAGCACAGUUAAUGAUGCCAUUCAUGCAGAUGUAUCUCCAAGUACAAACCAGGCUGGUGAAAUUUCUAUGCACACAUGCAGCUCUCUGCCAGAUCCUGCCGCGCAUCCAGAAACUGGAGGAGAGGAUUUCAGGGUUGCUGCGGCUGUAAAAAGCACCGGUAGUGAAAGCGUUGCGUGUGAAAGUCAGGAUACGGUUUCCAGGCCUCAUGAGCUGCAAAGCCCCAAUAAAACCUCAGCCACACAAAACAGCCCAAUAGAACAAAUACCCAUAAAAGGGCCUGAUGUUGAGGAGAUGACAAAGGAAGAUAAAGAAGCUUUGGAUGAAGGAAAUGUUAGCGGGCAGGGUGAGGAACAACAUCGAAUAAAAGUCAUAGAUGGUGGGGCUUUGGGAAAGCAGGGGGUGGUGCAUUUAGCAGGGAGUGAUAAAGAAAUGGGCUCGGGAUCAAUCACCGUUUUAGGCAACUCCCAAAAUGGGGAGGCACAGAUUAGCACAGAGGUUGCUGUUUGUCACUCUGAUGGCAACACUGGUCCUUGUAAGGCAGGAGAAAGUGACAGUGAUGCAACAGAAAAAAUGACUGCGGAUGUUGACACAGGCCCAAUUGUUGUUUCAUCAAAACGCCUGGAAGAUUUCGAAACUCUUACCCACUCAGAGAAACCACAAGAUGUGGUGCCACUGUCAAAGCCCCCAGAUGACAUUGUGGUUAAACCCACUGUUGCUGUCUCGCGGUGUGAAUCAGAAUCACUCGAUAGAGCGCCGGCCCGCCGCCCUCCUGCUGAACAAGUAGAAGCUGCUGAAGCAGACACAAACUGGAUAAAAGCGCUCAGAGAAGCUGCAUCCCAUCCUCAAAGCGAACAAGUGAACCCAGUGGAUGCCUUAAGACCUUUUCCAUCUCUGGAGUCUCCUCAACAAGAGUUUCUCACUCCGACUGAGGAGAUAGCAGCUCCCGUGAGACAGGAGAAGACCCCACCACCAGAGCUAGCAGCGGAGGAGACAGCAGAGAUCCCACCUGUGAAUCUUGUGAAGAAGCCAGUAGACCUUCCCAGACCUUUAAAAAAGGCAGGAGAUCUCCUAGAAUCAGCACAUGAGGUAGCAGAGCUUUCCAAACCACCGCAGAGUAUAAAAGUAGGAGAAGAAGAAACGACAAAGGCAGAGCUUCCAGAAACAGCCAAGAAAGAAGAAGAAGAAGAGCAUCCAGAUGAGGUUCAAGAACCAAAUAGGAAGCAAGUUACUUCAAUAGAAGUAGUGAAUGAGGAACAGGCAAGAGAAAGGACAGAUGAGAUCCCAGAGCCAACAGCUAAUGAUAGUGAGCUUGUAGAACCAACAAAGUAUGAAGAACCAGAAACAACAAAGUUGACUACAGAGUCCCCACAAUCAGAGGAGAAGCCGGUCAGCGAGCUGCCAGUGGAGCUAGUGGAAAAACCGUUAGACAUCCAGGCCGUGGAGCCAGCUGAAGUCCUAGCUGAGGAAACUGCAGCGACAGAGGCGGUCCAGGAUCCGGCUGCAGAGCUACGGGACAGUGGGCCCUCCCUCGGUGACAAAGUAGAGAGCGGUCACCUGGCCCCCGCCUCUCCUCAACCACUACCCUCCGAUCACCACCUCCUUCCUACUCACUUCCGAGACACCGCAGAGUUCCCUACCCCCGUCCCCACACUUCCAGAGGGUCACACACUUGAAGCCCUACCAACCCCGCCUGCGUCCCCCUGUCCUCCUCCUCCUCACCCAGCCCCUGCCUCCCCUCCUGCAUCUUCUGCUAACCGCUGUGAGGAUGUUUACCCCGCUUCUGCACCCUGCCAUAUCCCUUUAAGGAGCUCAGACUCUGAUGGCGCUUUUGAGACCCCUGAAUCUACAACUCCAGUGAAGGCUGUUUCUCCAGCUGAGCCUCAGAUAAAGCAAACAACAUCUGAUGAGAAAGUAGAAGACACCUCAGUCACUGAUCCUACAUCUGACUUCACUGCAGCUGAACUACCAUGCCAUUCUGCGUCAAAUGCUUUUGAUGAAAACAAGCCCAUCGCUGCCAGCGGUACAUAUAACAUUGAAGUUUUUGCUGCAGAAUCAACGACUCACACUCUAACCCGUUCUCUGAGCCUCCAGGGAGGAGAACUAGAUAGUUCUGCUCCGUUGGACGGAUCAGCUUCAGGAGGUUUCCGUCCACAUUCCGAGUCUUUCAGUGUAGGCACUGAGAGUGCCCCAGGGACACUCCGCAGGCCCAAGAAAGUUCGUCCUGGGUCUGUAAAGAAAAAGCCUCUUCUCAGACAGAACUCUAACCCAGAGAGCCCAAGGCCAGACUCAUCCAGCAGCACCCCAGAAAUUAAGAAGAAGGCGAAACCUCGAACGGCCAGCCCUCUCCAGGCUCAGGAGGAAACAGAGGGAGGCUCUGCAACACCGAGUCCUGGAGGAACGCUGCGAAAAGCCAGAAAGACCCGUGUUGAGACUCCUCCUCCCCUGCCAGAGGAGACCAAUCAUACCACCCAAGAGGAGAGCCUUAUUGUCCCUGCCUUACCUUUAUGCCAGGAGGAGAUACCCCUCCCUGAUAGUCAAGCAGACAAAGAAGAAUCUCCCAUCCCUCCCAGUGGCUCCUACAAAUGGGAUCCAGACAACUUUGAGAACAUCAACCCCUUUAAGACCGGAGGUAGUAAAAUUGCCAAUUCCCCUGUUUUGGGUCGUAAGGAACCUGUGUGUGCCCCCAUUUCCACCCCUCUAGAGAGUCCCCCCAUCCCAUCUGAGGAACCACAUCACCCCAGUCCACCCGCUCCUAUUAGAGAGCCAGUCACGAAUCCUGAGGAGCAGCCCAUUAUACCCAAGCGUCAGUCACUAAGACUGGAGUUUGACUACUCCGAGGAGAGUGGUGAGGCAUCGCAUCAGGCCUCUCCUCCACCUAAGAAGCUAGGCAAGAAGCCAGGUGCCAAGAUGCCUCUGAGGAAACCAAAGCUGGGGCUGAAAAAGGCGCCUCCAGCACAGACAGAGCAGCUGGACAACAUUCCCCCGGCAACUCACAACAGCAACGAGGAUGAAAUCCCGGCAACUAAAGCAUCUUACACGUUUGAACUCGACAAGUACGAAGAUCCAAACUUGAAUCCAUUUACUUCAAGGAAAAGUAUCACCAACUCGCCCAAACUAUCCAGGCCGCCUUAUAACUUUGAUGACUCCAUAGACCCUUUCAAAACCUCCAACAAGUUGGCCAAUUCCCCUCCUAAGACUUCUGCCUCAUUUGAACUGUCAUCCAAUGACAAUGAUAAUGAAAAUGACAAUGACAACCUCGGGGAAUUAGAGGACCAGAACCAGAACAAACCUGCCAAGAAGAAGAAAACUCCCAUCAAAUCUAAUACUUUCAGAGUGAAGAGGUCGCCAAAGAAAUCACCCUUAUCUGACCCAUCACAGGAUCUUACACCCACAGAUGAACCUUCCUCCCUUCACCAGCAGGAUGACCAUGCCACAGAUGAGGAGAAACUAGCCUCCUCCACCAGUCAUAAGUGGGCAGCCCUGCACGAUAUGGAUGGAGAUUUAAACUCUGACCAGCAAGACUUUCCUCAACCGUGCGACCUUACAUCCUUUGUUAAUGAGAACAGUCUUCCUAAGGAAACUCCAGUACAAGACUAUGAAAUUGAGUACAUGGAGAAGAUUGGCUCCUCUUCCCCACCUCCGUCUGCAAAGAAGCCAUCUUUGUACUUGAAGUUGGACUCAGUAUCUGACAACUUAACCAAAAAUACAUGUGCGCAUGGAUCUGAACCCAGCUCCCCCUGCACAGGGAGUUUUGAAGAGAUGGAGGCCCAGAUUACAGCAGGUAUGAAGACACCGGUGCUCAGCUCCCGGCCUGGCCCCGAGGGCUCUGCUGCAGACAAGGGCAGGAAGAGAGAAAGCGAGGUGCUCAGUCGAACACAGAGCACCGAGAUGGAGGAGCAGCCCCCUAGCCAGGGCCCCGUGGAGGCACUUGCGCCAGCCCUGGCCAUGCCCCUGUUAGACAGGCUGUCUGAGUGUGACGACCCCCUGCAGUACCUGGAGCCUGACCUGGCUGAGACCAACCCCACAGCAUUCGCCCAAAAACUGCAGGAGGAGCUGGUGCUUGCUGCCCUGAGGAUAGAGGCUCUGCAGGUAGCCAAAAACAUCUCUCAGUGCCCCUCCCUCUCCACUGUAACCCCCCAGCACAGAGACGUGUCAUCUUCACUAGAGAGCGGCGUGUCCAAGAACUCACUGUACUCUAGGACCACGGCCAGCUACAUCGAAGGGGAGAGUCCCCACUUGCCCAGAGAACUGGACCACUCUUUGGGAAUUGCACGAGAGGAGAUUGUAACAAAGGAGAAAGAAGUGCUGGAGUGGCAGAGGAAGUAUGAAGAGAGUCGACAGGAAGUGGUGGAGAUGAGGAGAAUUGUAGCUGAGUAUGAGAAGACGAUUGCCCAGAUGAUAGGCAUGCCAGAAGAUGACCAGAAAGAGAAAUCUCUUUCCCAUCACACCAUCCAGCAGCUCAUCAUGGAGAAGGACCAGGCGCUGGCUGACCUUAACUCUGUGGAGAAGUCUCUAGCCGAUCUCUUCCGUCGUUAUGAGAAGAUGAAAGAUGUGCUGGAAGGCUUUCGCAAAAAUGAAGAGGUAUUGAAGAAAUGCGCUCAGGAGUAUCUUUCAAGGGUCCGCAAGGAGGAACAGCGAUAUCAAGCCCUGAAAAUUCAUGCAGAGGAGAAACUAGACCGGGCCAACGCAGAGAUAGCUCAGGUGCGGGCCAAGGCCAAGCAGGAGCAAGCUGCCUCUCAGGCCAGUCUGAGGAAGGAGCAGAUGAAGGUUGACUCUCUGGAACGCACUUUAGAGCAGAAGAAUAAAGAGAUCGAGGAGUUAACAAAGAUCUGUGAUGAACUAAUUGCUAAGAUGGGGAAGAGUUAGCAGGCCACAUCACAAUGAAGCCAAGCAGAAAAUGAAGAGAAGCACUCCUUCUCAAACUGAUGGACCUCUAAGGCCAAAGUGGUCUUGGGGUUGUAUUUCCUACUGACCAUGUGUAUACAUCAUCCACAGGAUUGGCUUCCUCCUAAUUACUCUGUAUAUUUUUGAUGUUUCAGUGUAUCGUACUGUAUCAGGGGGUCUGCUUUCAAAUUUUAUCAUAUCACUAAUGAGUAUGCCUGUGUGCGCGAGUGCGUGUAUGAUAAUGAGAAAGUGCAAGCAUUGUUUGUGGGUUAAAUUAUCUAUUAUGAUGUUGCCAUGACAGCCACUGAGGGAGAAGACUGUUUACCCACUCCUGUUAUUGUCUCCUCUUAAUAAAGAGAAAGAUAGACUUUGAAGAUGAGAACCAGAUUGUUGCACCACUAAGAGAAUACAAGUGAUCACUAUAGAUUCUUGCAUGUGAGAGAUAAAGAAGAACUUGUAAUGUUAAUGUUUGUAUAUACUGUAGGAAACGACAAGACUUGUGCAUUUUUGAUAGUUAUUCUGUUGUCUUCAGCCACUUCCCUCACAUAACAUUGUAGAUAUUUGUCAUACUUGUCAUAGCUUUUUUGAUGAAAUUGUGGAACUUUAUUUUUGGGAUUUUAUUUUGAUAAAAAGCAAACUAAUUGUGACUGUGUUCAGUUGUGACCAGAAGUAAUUUAAUUUUGGAUGAACCUGUCCUAGUCCUGCAAUGGUUGUUUGUCACACUGAGGAAUAACUUCUCUGCACAGCUACUGUACAGCAUCUGCUUACAAAGUGCAAUAAAAGAUGGCAAUACAGCAUG